CCGGCCGGGGCCGAUAACCUGUCCCUGGACCCGGGGCUGGCCGCGGAGAGGGGGGCGCUGCGUCCCAGACCCCCACCAUCAGCCAGGCGGGCACCACGGCAGGGGUGGCGCCACCCUCAUGGAAGGGAGAGGACCAUACCGGAUCUACGACCCUGGGGGCGGCGCGCCUCCAGGAGAGGCUUCCGCAGCUUUUGAGCGCCUAGUGGAGGAGAAUUCCCGACUGAAGGAAAAAAUGCAAGGGAUAAAGAUGUUAGGGGAGCUUUUGGAAGAGUCCCAGAUGGAAGCGUCCAGGCUACGGCAGAAGGCAGAGGAGCUGGUCAAGGACAGCGAGCUGCUCCCACCGCCGUCUCCCUCGAUGGCCUCCUUUGACCACCUGGCUGAGCUCACAGGGAAGGAUGCAGAUGUCCCAGCAUCCUCUGCUGACCCUGCACACGCCAGCAGCAAGCCAGAGCCAGGCCAAAAACCUCCAUCCAGUGGCACCUCAUCUGAAUUUGAAGUGGUCGCCGCCGAGGAGCAAAAUUCUCCACCGGCGAGUGGUGGCCAUGCCAGAAACACAGUGGAGUUGGGCCCCCUGCCCCAUGAGGACACCAACUUGAUGCUGCACCUGCAGCGCCUGGAGACCACCCUGAGCGUGUGUGCCGAGGAGCCCGACCACAGCCAGCUCUUCACCCACCUGGGGCGCAUGGCCCUCGAGUUCAACCGGCUGGCAUCCAAGGUGCACAAGAACGAGCAGCGCACCUCCAUCCUGCAGACCCUGUGUGAGCAGCUUCGGAAGGAGAAUGAGGCCCUAAAGGCCAAGCUGGACAAGGGCCUGGAGCAGCGGGAUCAGGCUGCCGAGAGGCUGCGGGAGGAAAACAUGGAGCUCAAGAGGUUGUUGAUGAGCUGCAGCAAAGAGGACGCCUGUGGGCAGCCGGGUUUCCCAAAGAUGGAAGGCAUGGGCAAGAAGGGGGUGGCUGUACAGCAGCAGGCUUGUGUGACAGCAGGUAAGAUCUCAGAGCUCGGGGCCUUGGGUGCAGCUGAGAAGAAGGUGAAGAUGCUGGAGCAGCAGCGCACUGAGCUCCUCGAAGUGAACAAGCAAUGGGACCAGCAUUUCCGGUCCAUGAAGCAGCAGUAUGAGCAGAAGAUCACAGAGCUGCGCCAGAAGCUGGCGGACCUACAGAAGCAGGUGACUGACCUGGAGGCUGAGCGGGAGCAGAAGCAGCGUGACUUUGACCGAAAGCUCCUCCUGGCCAAGUCCAAGAUUGAAAUGGAGGAGACCGACAAGGAGCAGCUGACAGCAGAGGCCAAGGAGCUGCGCCAGAAGGUCAAGUACCUGCAGGAUCAGCUGAGCCCACUCACCCGGCAGCGAGAGUACCAGGAAAAGGAGAUCCAGCGACUCAACAAGGCCCUGGAGGAAGCACUGAGCAUCCAGGCCUCCCCCUCCUCUCCACCAACUGCAUUUGGGGGCCCAGAAGGAGCCGGUGGCCUCCUAAGGAAACAGGAGCUGGUCACGCAGAAUGAAUUGCUAAAACAGCAGGUGAAGAUCUUUGAGGAAGACUUCCAGAGGGAGCGCAGUGAUCGAGAACGCAUGAAUGAGGAGAAGGAAGAGCUGAAGAAGCAGGUUGAGAAACUACAGGCCCAGGUCACCAUGUCCAAUGCCCAGCUCAAAGCAUUCAAAGAUGAGGAGAAGACAAAAGAAGCCCUCAAACAGCAGAAGAGGAAAGCAAAGGCCUCAGCGGAGCGCUACCACAUGGAACCCCACCCAGAGCACGUCUGCGGGGCCUAUCCGUACGCCUACACACCCAUGCCAGCCAUGGUCCCACACCACGGCUUCGAGGACUGGUCCCAGAUCCGCUACCCCCCGCCACCCAUGGCCAUGGAGCACCCGCCCCCACUCCCCAACUCACGCCUCUUCCAUCUGCCAGAGUAUACCUGGCGGCCGCCCUGUGGAGGGAUGCGUAAUCAGAGCUCCCAAGUGAUGGACUCGCCCCCAGCCAGGCCUGUGGAACCAGAGUCUACGAAAAAUGACCGUGAGGGGCCUCAGUGAGACCAGAUGAUGUCACUUGGCUCCACCUUCGCCUUGCAGAGCCACCUGAUCUCAGAUUACUGGAAAACUAGAGGCCACAUUCUCCGUGCGGCCAGAGCCCCAGCCGGAUGGGAGUCUGAUGGGCCACCAGCUUGUGGCCCAGCCCGACCUGAACUGUUUACAGGCUGGAGAGGCUCCACCCAGAAGGCUUCCAUUUGGGACCCUCCUGCAGAGUGACCAGGAGAAACUCACCACCCUGCCACCCAGUGGAGAGAGGCCUCAUCCGACUUCAACCUGCCAUGCUUUGCAGAAGCACCAGGGGACAUCAGUCUCAAGCGUGGGGUGCACCCGAGACCCCUUCCUUUCAAAACUUCCCCAGAAGUGGUUCCGGCCUCUCUGGGGACCACGUUCAGUUGAUGUGUGUGUUACUUUUUGCUUUAAGCUCCAUAGUAGCAGGACCUGCCCCCACGCCCAUCCCUUCCCCUCCGAGGAGCUGCGGGAAGGGCAGGUUUGCCCCUGGAUGCAGAGGAGAAUGACGGGGUGUUCUGCUGCACAGCCCUCCGCCUCCACCCACGGCAUCCUUGCUGGUGCCACGCCAGCCACGUGAGCUGAGGGGCCCACCGUGAAGCAACCAGAUCCCCAGCCCCACAACUGGAGGCAUGUGAUGUCAGAGGCUCAGAUCAGGGUGGCUGGCCGGCCCUGAGCAGCUGUUUGCACGAACCUUGGACAUAAAUCCAAGUUGAAGAUCAGUA